AAUAAAACAGGUCAUUAUCAGUCAGCAGAGAGGGAACAGAGGCUGAGAGAAGUGCCAUAGUUCAUAGACUAAAUACUUACUAAAGCUGUCAUGCCAACAGGCUUGACUAGUUGUUUCGAUAAAAGAUUUUUGAAUGCAGUGGUUAAAUAGGAAAAGCUAGUGUGACAAUAGUGCUGUUUACUCUGACCACACACCGGGUUCAUCAUGGAACGAGUUUUGACUUUAGUAUUGCUGUGUGCGCCUUUUGCAUUGGGACAAACAUUUAUCCCUAAUGUUGACAAAGUUAUUGUAAUUAAUCGAACAGAGAAUGUAUUAACAUUCCAAUGGAGUAUAGUUGAUGACAACACAUAUUACAGUUAUACACUGGUGAGAGAGGGUGGCACAAACAAAACGAUCACUGUAACACAAGAUGAUGUUGUAGCAACCAGUGAAGUCUCGUCUCUGUCUUCUGGAACUAUGUACAACUUUACACUCUACACUGUGUCUGGGGAGGAUCAGAGCACAGGAUAUCAUUUCUCUGAUGUAACUGCUCCAUCUAAUGUUAAGAGUGUUUCAGUCAUCGAUCGGAAUGAGACUGGGAUGACAUUACGAUGGGAAAAAGUAAACAACAUGAACGAUCACACUUAUGAGCUUGAAUACAUGGAAAAAAGCGAGCCUAUACUUCCACAAACUGAAGAACCAAUGGAAUACCAGGUCAAUGAUCUGUCUCCAGGGACUGAAUACUCCUUUAUACUCUACACUGUGUUUGAAGAAGUCAAGAGCAGUGGAUUCAACUUCUCCAAUGUAACCAUGCCAUCUAAUGUUGAUGUGAAAUUGGUGGAGCACAAUGAUACUGACGUGAUCUUACAAUGGGACAUAGGCAAAGACACAUAUGCCUAUACUCUUGAUUGCAACAAAAAUCCUUGUCAAUACAAUAUCACUGCAGAAGGGAAUAAUGUCACGUGUCAUAUAUCAAGUUUGAUUCCUGCAACAAACUACAACUUCACUGUGUACACAGUGUUUUCUGAUGUAAGAAGUACUGGAGUCAACUACAAUCACACCACAAUGCCAUCUAAUGUUGAUGUGAAAUUGGUGGAGCACAAUGACACUGACGUGAUCUUACAAUGGGACAUAGGCAAAGACACAUAUGCCUAUACUCUUGAUUGCAACAAAAAUCCUUGUCAAUACAAUAUCACUGCAGAAGGGAAUAAUGUCACGUGUCAUAUAUCAAGUUUGAUUCCUGCAACAAACUACAACUUCACUGUGUACACAGUGUUUUCUGAUGUAAGAAGUACUGGAGUCAACUACAAUCACACCACAACUCUAUCUAAUGUAACUGAAGUCAGUGUCAGUCGAUCACUGACACAGUUGAUGAUCAAAUGGAAUAAGUUAAACAACAACAACAUCUACAACUACACCUUGCUUAAUAGUAAUGGAGAAGAGAAAAAUAUCAUUGGAUCUGAUAUGGGUGAUGAGAUUUUACAUAAUUACUCACAGCUCACACCAGGGAAGUUAUACAGUUUUACUCUCUUCACUGUGGUGAAUGGUGUCAGAAGUGAAGGGUACAAAUUCAAGAGCAUCACCACCAUUAACUGUGAGUCCUUUAACUGGAAAGUCACCAACUCUUCGAUAGAAGCUCAAGUGAAUGGUAGCACACAUGUAACAGCUGGAAACAGCACCGGCAAUAGUCAAAGAGACCUUGUAGAGGGCUACACAGUGAAUCUGCAAGAGCUUUAUCCUGGAGCAAACUACACUGUUUCACUUUGGUAUGAUUUGGACUCUCCUACAGAGAGACUCCUACAGUGCUCACAUACCCUGACGUUAGAACCAAAUAGUGUGCCUCAUCUUAACUGUAAAUAUUUUUCUGGAGGAUAUGGUCUGGUUGUAAUUUGGGAUCAACCAUAUGGAGUUGUGGAUGUGGUGCAGGUGGACAUUGGUAGUCAAAGUUUCAACCGUAGUUCAAAAGAAUCACCAAGACAGGAGUUUAAAGACCUGCAAGUUGCCCGGUGGUACAAUGUGACAGCAACAUCAUUCUCUGGAGACAAGAAGAGUAAAACGGAAUCAUUAAAAUGUCAAACUGAUCCAACAGGUGUUAUAGCAGGUGUUCUUGUGUUUUUCCUGUUGGUCAUUCUUAUUUGUGUGGCAGUCUAUUGGUGGCUUCGCUAUGGUUCUGCAAAGCAUAAUAAAAGCCCCAAACCACUAGUGGAGUCAAAAGUGACUAAUAAAAGCUACAAACUGAUUCCUGUGGAUAAAUUUCCUGAACAUUUUCGAAACAUGAGUUGUGAUGAGAAUAGAGGUUUCAGUCAGGAAUAUGAGGACUUGAGUUCAGUUGGUAUUGAACAGUCUAGUGUUGCGGCUUUUCUGCCUGAAAACAAGGACAAAAACCGAUUUACAAAUGUUUUACCUUAUGACUCCUCUAGAGUGCAGCUCACUGUAAAUGAUGAGGACGAUUCUGAUUAUAUCAAUGCCAACUACAUGCCUGGAUACGACAAUGCAAGCAAACAGUACAUCGCUGCUCAAGGUCCACUGCCAUCCACAGUCAAUGACUUCUGGAGAAUGGUCUGGGAGAAAAGGACACAGGUCAUCGUCAUGGUAACCAACUGCACUGAGAGUGGAAGGAUCAAGUGUGAGCAGUACUGGCCACUGGACUACACGCCGUGUCUCUAUGGAAACCUGAUUGUGACAGUGAAAUCAGAGAAUAAAGCUUCAAGUUGGACUCUGCGAGAAUUUAAUGUUAAAAAUAAAAGCACCUCUGAGACACGAACAGUGAAGCACUUCCACUUCACAGCGUGGCCGGAUCAUGGUGUUCCCUCUGGCACAGAGGAGCUAAUCCAAUUCAGAGGACUCGUCCGUCAGCACAUAGAGAGUUCCUUCUCUGCAGGGCCAACAGUUGUACACUGCAGUGCUGGAGUGGGCCGGACAGGUACACUGAUCGCACUGGACGUUCUGCUGCAGCAGCUGGACAGAGAAAAGGCAGUGGGCAUUGCAUCGUUCGUCCAGCAAAUGAGAUUCUGCCGGCCACUUAUGGUGCAAACUGAGUCUCAGUAUGUGUUCCUGCACCAGUGCAUCAUGGAUUCUCUGCAACCCGUGGCUAAGUCAGAGCCUCUCUAUGAAAACACAGACACGAUCUAUGUCAAUGCAAUAGCAUUAAGACAAUAUGAAAACGGAAGUCAAAUAUGAGCAAAAAUAAAAGAACAUUUUCAAAUGUAACAUUAUUCACAUAUGGUUAGCAAAACAGUGUUCUUAUAAUAACAACGUAAGAUCAAAAAAUCCAUAUAUACAUUUGUUAUUAUAAUUAAUUUAUUUAAAAUAAGAAUAAUAUUAAUAAUAAUACUCCACUGCUAACAGGACUGAAAAAUACUAGUAUUUUGUGCUUAAGCUAUAAAGCACUAACCCCCGGUUUCAUAGACAAGGCUAAGAAGGCAUAUUUUAAAAUAUGUCAGUGCCAUUUUUUUGUCUCAAGAUACACACUGGUAAUGUUUUUUUCUUCUUCUAAGGCACGUUUAUAAAAGCUACUUAAAUAUCCCAAAUAAACCAAGUCCUAAUCCUGGUUUAAUCUAAGCUUUGUUUGUGAAACCAGGCCUAAGAGUUUACCAUUUAAACUUAACUGCCAGUCUUUAUUCAUCUAAAUAUCUGUGUAUAUAGCCUUGUUUUCUAUGUUAAAUUUUUGCUUGAGCUGUGCUUUUUUUGUACAUUACUUUUAAAAAAUUAGACAUUUGCUAUUAUAAAAUUGAUAUACAAGAGGGUCUAUUUAAUUUAACUGACAAUAUCAGUUUAAUUUUAUUUGUUUUUAGAUGGAUGCUAAAAACCAUGACCAACAAUUAAAGUAUUUUUCCACUAUAUUGUAUAUGUAUUCUUAGCUGUUUGUUGCUUAAGCUUUAAAAGAAUAGUUGAUCUAAAAACAAAAAAAUUGUGUCAUAUAUUUACAUCAGGGUUGCCCAUUCCUGUUCCUAGCCCUAUCUAACACCCGUAAGUAAUUAUCAAGCGUUCCUGAAGAUUAUGGCUGCAUCCAAAAUCACACACUCCUGCUAUAUAGUAGGUGAUAAACAGUAUAUGAAAAAAGAACUAUGUCCAAAUUCACAGUACUCAUAAAAUAGUAGACAAAAAGUACCCAGAUGAACUACACACAUUUAUACUAUAUAGAACAUACUUUUUCAGUGGUUGUGGAGUAAUUACAUAUUCAAAAUAAGUACCUACCUAAAGUAUGAGAUUUGAAAUGUUAACUACAAACACAGAGGUUUUUUUAGAUUUUCCGUCACGGCAUUCUCUCCAUAUUUAUGAUUCUUUGCAGUCUUUAGCCACUGCCUACAAUGCGCUGGAUCCUUCACUGGAAACCGAAAGUAACAAACUUCUGCUAAAUGUUUAAUCUGUGAAAUCUUGCACCCAGAAACAAUACAAAUCGACAUGAUUAUGACUAAAAGUUUGCUAAGAAGUAUUUCCUACUAAAGCAAGGUGGUUUUGACUCUGGUAAACGUAUCCAUAACAGACUGGUGGGAGUGGCUUGGACGGCAACAUGCCCAGUGCAUUAUGGGUGUUUUCCUACUUAUUUGGCAAAAGGGAAGACAACAGCCUUUUUUCUCAGUUUUUUUCUAGUCAGGUAGCACCGAUUUCCAAAAAAUAAAAUAAAAAUCGAUGUCAGUAUGUCACAAAAGAACUACUUCCAAAUUCACAGUAGUAGACAAAAUACUAUAUAGAACAUACUUUUUUUUUUUAGCGGUUUUAAGUACCUACUCAAAGUAUGAGAUUUUGGACAUAGACCAGGUGUGUUUAAUCAGAGUUGGAGCUGAACUUUGCAGGAAGGUAGAUCUCCAGGAACAAGAUUGGUCACCCCUGAUUUAAAUAAUUUCAAAUCUGUAUGUGAAAUAGAGAAUGAUAUUUGAGAGCUGCAGGGGAAGGAAAGAUUUGUUUGUUUGUCAUGGUUACUGUGAACCGUUGUUGUAUGAAAAGAUCAGAAAAAGAUUCUUCUUCAAUUUCUUAAUACGUUUGUGUUUAACAGAAAGAAAGUAAAAAACACCAGAUUUUAGGGUUAAGGAGUGGUCAGCCACCAUUUCAGUCAAAUUUAAGUCACUUUCAAAUUAGGCAUAAAAUGUAUGUAAAUUAACGCUGCAAAUUCAUAUGACCAACUUGAACCCAUUGCAAAACGUGCACAGAAAAUUCCAGAUCACGUAUUGAAAUGACUGUAUUUUGCCCAUGAAAGUUUAGAGCGAUGGAGUUGUUUGAUGGGAACAUUGUUCCGGAACCACCAAAAGAUGUUUGUCUGGGAACAUGUUGUGCUUUGGUAAAUCAUGCGAGUUACGGGUAUUGGUGUUUGCCAGUAAUUUGAUUUUUUUUUUUUUUUUUUUUGCACUGCAAGUCACUUUAGUAAGAACUGAAAUUUAAGCACUUAACAUUUAAAUUAAUCUGCUGUUAAUAUUGUACAAAUACUGAGCUGUCCUAAUUAAGAAUACUAUAUUCAUAAAUAUGCUUAAAGCAAAAGUCAUGGAUUAAGAGUACGUUUACACGACAAUGAUGUACUAAAAACGGAAAAGAUUUUCCUUCGCGGUUUUGAAAAGUUUUGUGUACAGAUGACAGCAUUGUCAAAACGAUCCCUGUUCACACGGAUCUGCAGAAACGAUUAAAAACACUUUAUUUAUUUUGCAUGCCAGGCCAGUAGUUGGCGAUGUCACUUUGUAAACAAACAGUACGCGCCUACAGAAUGAACACAUAAUACACAUGCGCAUGAUGUCACCGUUUUCACAAAUUUGCAUUUUUGUAGUUUACACAGAAACUAUAAUGGUAUCAUUUUCAAAAACUUGCACUUUGAAACACGUUUUAAAAAGUUUUCAGGUCCCCAAAACACGUCGUCGUGCAAAUGAACGGCCAAACGCAUAAAAAGUUUUCCUUUUUUUAGUUGAAAGUGGUGUCGUGUAAACGUGUCCUAACCAGGCACAAUGUGAUGAUUCCAGACAUAAGUAAUUACCUCACAAAUUAUGAAUUACCAGGUAUUAACAUCUUUCUUUGGACAUGGUACUACAGUUAUUUUUUGGACAUGACCAUGGCAAUUCCAUGACACUUUUUUGGUAUACAUAAAUAAGGUAAUCAUUCAGUAUGAUGCUCUGUCAAAGAAUAUCAAUGAUAUUACCGAUUACAUCACUGAAUUAUGGUACCACUGCAAUAUAUAUAAAUAUGUUUUUUUUUUUGUAACAGACUUGUAUUAUUAUGCCAGCUUGGUUUAUGGCCUUCCAUAAACAAACAUUUUGUUUUUAUUCAUAUCACUUGUUAACAAAUAUUAGUGUAUUAGCAUUAACUUGUCAAUUAUUGAUUAACUGAAUAAAGCUUAUGUAUACGAAGAAUCAACUAGCA